CUAGUAAUGAAUGAAGAAGAAUGGGAGGAAGAGGAACAUCUUGUUGUAGUCAAGCUUCAAGGAGUGAUAGAUAAUGAGUUCUUGUACAGGUGCGAGUCUUCAAACUGCCGACUCCUGGGCAUUGAUACAGAUGAACCUGUGUUACAAAUUGGGAAUUACACUUUUCUUGGAGAGUUUAAAGAAUCCCUUGGAACACAUGUACUGUUUGAGGAGCUUGAAUCAAAUGAUAGCAGUGAAUCAAAACAGUUAAAGUACAGGUACAAGACUACAAAAACAUUAGAAAUGACGCGGGCAUUUUUGGUUGAAAAAGGAGAGGAAAAAGAGAAGAAAAACGAACAGACUCCUGGUCCUUCAAGUGAUGCACAGGAGCACCAAGAGCAAGAACAUAUCGAGGAAUAAAUUAGGUGAAGAGAAAUAAUUGACCAUGCUGUGACUCAAGUUAAGGUUGUCACUGCUCAACUUUGACCUGAUAGAGAAGUAGACAUCGGCACAUGAUUGGUUGGAAAUCAGUGAUCAAUGGAGCAAGAUGUGCAUACAUCUUUUAUUGCUAUCACUGAGACUUAUUCUACAUGUGCUACAACAAUCUUACAACAGAACCUACAUCCCACAGACAUGCUUACAGCUCGGUAAAGUCUCUCUUCUACAGAGAUAUCUUGUUGAAGGAGAGAUAUCUCCUAAAUACAGAAGUCUUGAGGAUAGUUGUAGAAGCAUUAUUUCCAGACUGGGCCACAAUUUGUGUCCCUUGAAUAAGUGUCCCAAAAGGGAGAUUACAAAUUAAAUGUAUUUGACAUAGGCUCUCAUACUCAAAGAAAUUAUUUUCCAAAACUUUUCAUGUUAGAAUGCCUCAAAGCACUUGAAAUUAUUUGAAAGUUGAAUUUUAACAUUUAUAUAUGGUGCCUCAAAAAAUAAAUUUAGUUAUUAUUGGAACUCAAAAAUUAAGUUAUUACAUUUAAAUUCGUCAUACAUUAAUAUUCUUAACAUAUGUGUGUUAAGAAACACUCUAAGAAACCUCCAUUUGAAAAGCUUAGUCUUGGUUGAAUUCUCUUUUGUUGUGGACAGAUGUAGCUUUAUUUGAAGUACACCAGUCCUGUGAUUUCCAUUUAACAAGCUGUCAUUUUGGCUAUGAACACACCACAAAUAAAAUCAAUAAACUAUAAAAAGCAAA